AUGUCAAUUGUAAAGAAUUCAGCCCACUCAAUAUCAAGGGAUUUAAUCCAUGUCUCAAUAGACAAUGAUGCUUUAGAUGCUCUUAUUGCAAGAAUUCAAGCAAAUAACUCAAAGCCAACUCCUUGAAAUGACUGGCAAAGUCAUUAUAAAGGAGUUAACAAAGUCAAUUACAUUUUUGCAUUAGAUGCUUUGAAUUUUUGUUUUUGGCCAAAGCCAGGAUUUGAAUAUGACAAUUUGGCUGGAAACUUAAAAGCUUUAAUGGAAAGAGACCCGAAUAUUCUUUCUCCAAACUCAAUCGCAGCUAUGACUGAUGAGUUCAUUCAGCAAGAAAUCUUUCAAGAUGCUAGUUUUCCUUUAAUCAAUGAAAGAUGCAGACUUUUGAGAGAAAUUGGAGAGCAAACAAUAAAAUGCUAUGCUGGAGAUUUCAAUAAUAUUUUAAAUUCCUGUCAAAACAGCUCAGAAAAGGUAAGAACUAUUUAGCUUGUUGAAAUUAUUACAGCAAUAUUCCCAGGUUUUCGAGACUCCUGUGUAUAUAGAGGCAGGCAAGCAUUCUUUUACAAAAGAGCACAAAUCUUAGUAGCAGAUUUAUACGCAUCAGGAGCUUAUGAAUUUAAUGAUAUUGAGAAAAUCACAAUGUUCCCUGACUAUAGAGUUCCUCAAUUGCUAAAUACGUAUGGGGUAUUAAAAUAUUCCCAAAAAUUACAAAAUAAAAUUGAUUCCAAAAUUCUCAUUCAAGUAGGGUCUGAAAUGGAAGUUGAAAUCCGAGCAGCAACAGUCAAAGCAUGCGACAUAAUUUCAUCAAGACUAGACAGAAUUCCAAUUGAGGUUGAUCAUUUAUUAUGGCAAAUGGGAGAGCUCUCACUCAAUACUCUUAAAGAGCACCAUAGAACUUUAACGAUCUUUUAUUAG